AGCCAAGAGCAUGUAGACGUGGUUCCCUCAUCAUCUUCAUCCUUCUUCCGAGUCAGCUCCUGCUCCAAAUAUACGCUCGUCUUCUCUGACCAGACGCAACCUAACGGAUCCGACGCCAUGAAGUUCUUCACCGCCGCCGCCGUCCUCUCGGCAGCCGUAUCGGAAGUCUCUGGGCACUACAUCUUCCAGCAGCUGUCCGUGGGGUCCACAAAGUACGACGUCUUCCAGCACAUCCGGAAGAACACCAACUACAACUCCCCCGUUACUGACCUCGCCUCGAACGAUUUGCGAUGCAACGUCGGCGGUGCCAGCGGCGCCCAGACUACGGUGGUCAACGUGAAGCCCGGCGACGCCUUCACCUUCACGCUCGACACUGCCGUCUACCACCAGGGUCCCAUCUCGCUCUUCCUGUCCAAAGCGCCCUCUCACGUCCAAGACUACGACGGGUCCGGAAAAUGGGCCAAGUUCAAAGACUUCCUCCCGACCUUUAGCAACGGUCAGGCAACUUGGCCAAUGAGACAAACCUACGAGUACAAGAUCCCGACGUGCCUUCCUAACGGCGAGUACCUCCUGCGCGUCCACCAGCUGGGCAUCCACAACCCCUACCCGGCCGGCAUCCCGCAGUUCUACAUCUCGUGCGCGCAGAUCAACGUCACGGGCUCGACCGCCUCCGCGAGUUCGUUUGCACCGACUCUGAGUAUUCCUGGUGCUUUCAAGGAUACUGACCCCGGGUAUACUGUCAACAUCUACCAGCCUGGGUUCACGUCGUAUGUGGCCCCUGGUGGUGCGGAGGUAAGCUUGCGUACUUACAUGGCUUGA